GCCCCGCCGGGCCCCGAAGUCGCCCGCGCCUUGGCGCCGGCCCCUUGGCCCGCGGCGCUGGCGGCGCGGUCGGGACGGGACGGAUGUGGCGCAUGCGUGGUGGCGCCACCAGGCGCGGGAGCUGCGGCGGUGGGGACGGCGGUGGGGACAGCCGCGGGCAGGGCCGCCCCGGCCGGGCUCGUGGGGGCGGCGGCAUCGGCGGUGGCGUGGGCUGGCGAGGCCGUGCGGGCGGCGCCCGACAGCAGCUGGAGGAGCGGUUCGCCGACCUGGCUGCGAGCCACCUGGAGGCCAUCCGCGCGCGGGACGAGCGGGACCGGCAGAACGCGCGGCUGCGCGAAGAGAACGCCCGGCUGCGGCUUGAAAACCGGCGGCUGAAGCGCGAGAACCGCAGUCUCUUCCGUCAGGCUUUGCGGCUUCCCGGCGAGGGUGGCGACGGGGCGGCCGCAGAGGCGGCCAGGGCCACCGCGGGCCCCGAGGAGGCCAGCACGAACCGGAGGGCGAGAGGCGGCGGCCUGGAGGACGAGCCAGGCAGCCCCAGGGCCCUGAGGGCCCGGCUGGAGAAGCUGGAGGCCAUGUACCGCCGGGCCCUGCUGCAGCUGCACCUCGAGCAGCGGGGGCCGCGCCCGUGUGGCGACAAGGACGAACCGCCUUUGCGCGCACCCGACUCAGGCCUGCGCGCCCCGGACGCGGAGCCCCCAGAGCCCUUGCUGUAGCCCGAGGCCGCGGCCGGGGGGAGGCGGGGCCUCGCGCGGCCCCUCCUUCUCCGCUCGCGGCUCCCGCACCUAGCAACGCCCUGGGCCCUCGGCGGCAGGACUGGACCACCGCGCCCCCGCCUCCCGCCCCGCGCUAGCCAGCGGGGCUCGGCGUCGGUCGCCUGCGGUGGAGAGCUUGCAGGGCCCGCUGGAUCCCCACAGUGCAGAGCACCUGCCUCUUGCCCCUGCUGGCUUCCAAGGGUUGAGGCCUAGAAACGGAGGGGGGGUUUGACAACAGCAAGAAAUGGGUGCCAGUCAACACGUCCUAAUGUCUGAACUUUUCAGGGUGUUGUGAGGACCUCUUCUACUCCCCCCCCCCCCUUCCUGUUUGGUUCUAUGAGGAAUGAAUAAUUCAUUUUGGGUUGGUUGAAUUUGUUGUUCAUACUUCAGUCCCCUAAAACCUCUAGCCAUUAUCCCUUACAUGGUCACCAUUUGCUUUUGUAAGUCAGUAUUACUUGGAUAGCCUAUAAAGUACCAACUUUUUAUUAAAAAGAUAAUAUUUAUUACUUAGGAAAUCCUAUGUCUGCCCCCUGCUCUAGUCCUUAAUCAUAUAUAUUGAUUUGUUUACCCCCAGGAAAUUUUUAAAACAUCUGCCUACAAGUGAUCUUUUAAAUUGGUAAAUAAAUCUGAUGCAUUAAAAAUAA